AUGUCGACUAUGCUGAAGACGUUUUAUGUGAUUUUGAUAUUAGCAUCUUUCGUCUUCAUUGGCACUGCAUUCUAUUUCUUGUUUACUGAGCAGGGUUAUCGGUUUGACAUCGGAUGGUUCUUGACGGCGACAUCACCACAUAUGUGGGCUGGUUUGGGCAUUGCUUGCUCGUUGUCUUUAUCUGUAUUGGGAGCUGGUUGGGGAAUAUUCACGACAGGAGUAUCAAUUUUAGGCGGUGGUGUGAAAGCACCUCGAAUCCGAACUAAAAAUUUAGUUUCAAUCAUAUUUUGUGAAGCCGUUGCUAUUUUCGGGAUCAUAAUGGCAUUUGUAUUCCUUGGCAAAAUUCGUGGAUUCAAUCGAGCUACUGCAUCAGAUGUGGUGCUGUCUAAAAACAUCGCCAGUGGGUAUAUGAUUUUCGGUGGUGGACUUACUGUCGGUUUCAGCAAUUUCGUGUGUGGCCUAUCAAUAGGCAUUGUGGGCAGCGGUGCAGCCUUGGCUGAUGCUGCAAAUCCAGCUUUGUUCGUGAAAAUUUUAAUUAUUGAAAUAUUUGCUUCUGCAAUUGGUCUUUUUGGUAUGAUUAUUGGCAUUGUGCAGACAAAUAAGGUUGCAAUGGGUGACCAGAUUUGA